CGCAGCACAACGCUAACGAGCAGGCGGAUAAACGGUAUACGAAUAACGGAGACAGAAACAGAGACAGUGGCGACAUAGGCGAAGCGCAGCUCCAGACUGUAUGUGCUCUGCCAGCAUUUGUUCUUUAGUCUUGUGUCUGUGUUAUCAGUUUGGCGGCAGCAAAAGACCAAAUCGUUGAAGAGCAGGUGGCAGCAACUGAGCCGGCGGCAAAAAAAGCCACAAAAGAACCCAAAAAUAACAAUAACAACAAGGAACAAUAGUAAUUAAGGCAAAAACGUGCCACGAAAAAACAAACAGAGAGAAAAACAAAGAAAAGUAAAGGGAAAAGCGCAACAAGAGGCGCAAAAAUUAGCUGCUUAAAUGCUGCUAUAGCAAUUAAGUCAACAACAAAAAGAACUGUUAACAAAAUGCGCAAUGCAUAAAAUUAAACAGACAACAACAACAACUACAACGACGACAACAACAACAAAUCAAAAGACGGCGACGACAGGUGGAAAAGCUGUGCGAACCCCAUGCAGCGCCGUCGCCGUCUCAUCGAAUUAAUUCAACAGCACAUAAAUUGGCCGUUGGAAAAGCACGAAAAUUGAAAAACCGAAAAGCGGAAAACUGAAAAAAAAACCAAAACAAAAGAAUAAGUAAACACUCGAACAGAAAACAAAAAAAAACGUUUUUCAGUCUGAAAUCAGCGACUGUCAACUGAACGAUUGGCGUUUGGCGUUUGUCGUUUGUCGCUUUUUAUUGAUUUUAUAUAAAAAAAAAAAAACGAAACGAAAACAACAACAACAACAAAUGGCAUUGAGCCGCAGCAAAAGAAAUAAACAAAAAACAAAAGCAAACGCAAUGUGAAUAAUUUUUACUCAAUUGUAGCACGAAACAAUAAGAAGAAGAAGAAAAAGGAACAGAUAUAUAUACAUAUAUAUAUAUAUAUAUAUAUGUAUACAUAUAUAGAUAAGCAUAGCUAAAAUAAAACGCUCUGAUGAUUCAAGACAACGCACACACACGCCUAUAGCAAAGCCCAUAAAAAUGUGCUAUAAAAAAUAAAAACGCAUAAAUUCAAACAAACAAAGAAGAAAGCCAACUAAAGUUCAAGUUAAAGUUAAAACAAAAGCAGAAAACAAAGCAACAACAACUACAAUUACACAUACAAUGCCUAAUUGGCCAGGAUAAUAGAGCAAGGCAACGGCAAAAGCAAGAGCAAGAAGCAGAAGCAGAGAACAAAAAGCAAGACUGAUUUUUAUGUUUUUUAGUUAGCUUUCUAUUCAUAUUCAAACUGGCAAGAAACUAAAUACCAGAAAAUACUCAUAAAAUACUAAACAUAACUGAAAAUAAUACUAAAAACACGAAAUUAUUACAAUUACAAGAGAAAGUGCAAUGACGAAUGCCGGCAAAUGAAGCGGAAACCAUAGGAAAUCCGGCUUUUUUAGGACAUACUACAACAACAACAACAACAACAACGAACUAACAACAACAAGAAGAAUUAUCAAAGCCAUCAUCAACAGCAACUGAAAUUGAAACUAUUGAAGCAAUUGAAGCGCAAUGUUUGUGUUCAUUGUCGUUCUGUUGGUCAAUACCUGUCUAGCUGGCACUAUACCAGCUACGCCGGAGAAUAUAACCGUAACAUUUUUAACGCCGACGGCCGUGCGCGUCUCUUGGCAAACGCAGAUUGAUCUAAAGGCACAUCCCAUUGAGAAGUACAUUGUAACUUAUAAGCCAACAGAUGACAGUUACAGGGUUGUACAGGACGUUGCCGGCAACAGCGAGGCCAUUGUCCUGGACCGUCUGCUGCCCAGCACACAGUAUUCACUCUCUGUGACGGCCAUCUGGAUGGGCAAAAGAUAUCGCAGUCGCGGCCAAAUCAAAUUUCGCACGCUGGAUCUGCCUCGUAAUACAUCACAACAGGACUUUCCGCCGGGCAUCUAUGGACGCAAUGGCUCCGGCAAUGGCACCAGCUUUGGCGACGAUGUCACCUCCACAGCCACCAAUACGCUGACGCACAGAACCUCAAGAGAGCUGCCAACGAUACGUGGCGUAGAGAUUGGCAUUGUUUUAAUCGUGCUGAUGGUGUGGGCUGGUGCUAUAGCACUCUUUUUCAAUCGUUGGGGCAAAAUACGUAUGCUUCUGCCCUACCAGCCAGACUAUAAGCACGAGCAGCUCAAGGUGCCGGGCACAGGUGUUUGCAGUGCCAGCGGCUGCAAUGGCCAGCAUUCACAUCAGUUCGACAGCAGUGAAUGUGGCGGCACCUUUGCUCACCCACCGUUGCACUGCAAUAGCCGCCACAUCCACAUGCUCGCCGAGGAACGUUCCACAUCGAUAUCGGAGCGCUGUACACGCAGCCGGAUCAAUUCGGCCAUAUUCGUGUCGUCGGAGGGUCGCGGAUUCGACUCCAUCGAGUUCCUGCGUCGCCAUGGCUCACAAAGUGUGCUCUGCCGGAAGGCCAAGAGUGCAGAGAAUAUUACCGAAAAUGGACGCAGGAAGAGUCUGCGUCCAUGGCGCACCGACGAUGACUCCGUCCAGCAGCAACAGCAGCAAAACUCCUCGCAGGACAUAGAGAUGAAGGAAUGUGGCGCCAAUGGUGGUGAAUUGCUCACGCUCCCCGUACUCCACGACGCCAAACAAUCGCCAACAGCCGUAACGAGCUUACUAGCACGUUCCUCUGCCAUAACCACGGCCAAUGUUAUCGUGGGCAGCAUUUCAUUGGAGGCUCCACCGCCGUAUAUGCAAGAUGAUGACGCCACCUCCAUAUCAGCUCUCAUACACAGCGAUACAUCGGCUAUGGUGCACGAUUCACAGGAUUCAGCGGAAACUGUGGAGGAAUUGGUGCAUGUUCCACUGCUGGCCAGUGCAACGGCUACGGCAUCCUCCGUUUCGGCCGCUUCCACGCCCAGCAUUGCCAUUGAGGCUAAACCGCGUGUGCUAGUGCAUCAGCGCUCAUCGACGGCCUCCUCAUCGCCGCACAGCAGUCCUAAGAAUUUGGGGCUUGGCUUGAAGAUAAUCAAGCCGAAAAUUAGCGCCGUGCCAAUGGUUUCAGUGUCGGGUCCAUCACCGCCCAUUGAGAAACCGCCACUGGCAGAAUGCUUGUAACAAAUGGCAGCCGAAACAUUUAUCUAAGCGCGCUCACUCAAGGCAAACUGGACACCCAGUCACAAUCACAGAUUUCACACUUACAAACACGAACCUAUUCACACACACACUAUCCUCGACUCAGAUUGAAAGGUGGUUAGAAGUAUGCCAGCUGCUCAAAUAAGUGUUUCGGUGAAGCUGAAGGGGACUCAAACGCCUCUUCAGGCAGUUAAAACUAGUUGUAAACGUAUUACUAGAAAUAGACGUAGGCAUAGACGUAGCU